AUGCAAGUAUACAAAUAGUCAAAAUUUACUUCGAAAUCUAUAGGAAUUAAUGUCACUUUUAGAGAUUUAUUGGAUAGCUCUAUUCAAUCUAAAAUAGGCAAAGUAGUUAAAGUCUUUAUUAGUAAAACUUAAGCAAAUAAUUAUAAGUUGAGGGUUAUUAUGUGUGUAAUUGUUAGAGAGAUCUUUAAAUUUUAAUUUAAGGAGAAUCGUUGAGA